GAUAGUUUGUUGGUGAUGUGGACACCAAGGAACUUGAAACUCUCGACCCGCUCCACUGCACCCCCGUCGAUGUUAUUGGGCGCCUCUUCGGCCCUCCUUUUCCUGUAGUCCACGAUCAUCUCUUUUGUCUUGCUCACAUUGAGGGAGAGUUCACUGGUUUUCCAAAAAUUCAGUUUGAAGGAUGCCGGAUCUUAAUUCCGGGACCAGAUUCGAAUUAACGCAACUCUAACACGUCACAUCCUCAACUGGGAUUUUGGGAAAACCAGGGAAUUUAAUUAAGUUCCAGUAAUUUUGCAACCCUAGUUGCGCCAUUGUUCUGACAUAAUUUAACCAUAUGAAUCAGUCCAAUGAGACGGGCGCGAAUAUGAUUGGUGACACCAUGAAAACCUUUUUUUUUUUUUUUUUUACUUGUUGCCAAUUGUGCAACUCUUGUUCUUGAAUGUAUUUAGUUACUUAGUUGUUCCUCAAACUUGAACUCCAGAUAUGCAAUUUCCUGCGAAAUGCCUCGUUUCACACUCCCUCAUCUGAUUGGUCGAGUUGGCGGCUUCUGACUUUGUGGCUGUGAUAACUAGUGACGACCAGAAGACGGUCAUGACUGGAAGGAAACCAGCAUUUAUCUAAUUAACAUCAACCGCUAACCUUUACCUAAAUAUCCUAACCUGCUACUCGAGUUAUCCUAACUUGCUGGGUAAAUUCUCCUAAUUUGCUACGAAAAAUCUGUUUCUGAAUUGAAUUAGACAAAAGCUGUUUCCAUCGAGCCAAGACCCCACCAGGCAGCUCAGCCCAGACGGCCUGCCGAGAGCUUCAAAGCGACUGCCUGACUGAUUGACAAAUCACAUUGCAUCAUAAAUACCUACUCAACAUUAUUUGUAGAUCAGUCAGUCACAAUUUACCCAUGAUACAUUGCGGUUUUAACGCUCUGGCCAAUAAAAUGCUUGCACCAGCUGACAUGGAUUUCAGAGUUUAGCUCAAUUAUUGUGUGGCUGUUUAUUGAAUGACUGUUUAUUGUAAUGUGGGACAUAUGAGUCAGUCACCUUGCUGUUUUCCUUCACACUGUCAUAGAAUGUCAUAAAAUAGACAGAAGAGGUUAGUUGUAAAUAUAUUUGGUCAUACUCUCUCAGAAUACAGCGUGUACUCCAGCCCAGCAGGAGGCGAUGUGACUAGAUGUUUCCUGAUGCUGAACAACAUCACUGUCCCGGAAGAAGUCAGUAGUUUGUUUAGGUUUUAUUUAUUUUGUCGGACGUUGAAGCUACACAGAGACUAAACUGGCUUUGACCCAUUACGGAUGGAGACUAUACAGUACCUAGACCAGGGAUGGGAAACUUUGAUGGUGGUGGGGGCCAGCAAUCAAAUCUGAACUCAUCAUGAGGGUUCCGCAGUGGCUCGCAGUAUCCCUGCCAUCUGAUGAACAUGGUUAGAGGGCCACCUCAACACUACUACCGUUCUACCACAGUAGAGGGCCACCUCAACACUACUACCGCUCUACCACAGUAGAGGGCCACCUCAACACUACUACCGCUCUACCACAGUAGAGGGCCACCUCAACACUACUACCGUUCUACCACAGUAGAGGGCCACCUCAACACUACUACCGCUCUACCACAGUAGAGGGCCACCUCAACACUACUACCGCUCUACCACAGUAGAGGGCCACCUCAACACUACUACCGCUCUACCACAGUAGAGGGCCACCUCAACACUACUACCGCUCUACCACAGUAGAGGGCCACCUCAACACUACUACCGCUCUACCACAGUAGAGGGCCACCUCAACACUACUACCGCUCUACCACAGUAGAGGGCCACCUCAACACUACUACCGUUCUACCACAGUAGAGGGCCACCUCAACACUACUACCGUUCUACCACAGUAGAGGGCCACCUCAACACUACUACCGCUCUACCACAGUAGAGGGCCACCUCAACACUACUACCGCUCUACCACAGUAGAGGGCCACCUCAACACUACUACCGUUCCACCACAGUAGAGGGCCACCUCAACACUACUACCGCUCUCCCACAGAUGACAUCUUUGGCUCUGCUGUGCCAAAGCAACUAAGGAGGACUGAUGCUUCGCUUUAACAAAACAGCGGUUCUGGCCCUCCUCAUCGCUACCAGCUCUGUUUUCCUCCUAUUCCAGCUCUAUCACUACAGACAGCAUGUCUCUCAGAAUGGACCACAUAUGUUUGGAAGGACAGUUCAUCUGUCAGGAAAGGAUACUCAGUGGCAGGUGGUGAAGAAGUUCAUGGGUCUGGUCCAUAAGUACAACAUGCCAGUGUUCCUGGUGGACACAGCCUCCCUAGGCCUCCUGUCUCAGGACUCUAUGCUGCUGAGAGACAGCCUGGUUAAAGAACCCCACUGUACUUUCCUCUGCACUAACAGAGACGUCCUCACCUUCGCUCUGCUCAACAACCUUUGGAAAUACGACGCUGGUUUGGUGGCAGCAGCUGAAGAGAAGGGCUUUGAACUGUUGGAGGUGCGAGGGAAAGACCCUCGAUUGGUCAGCAUGGACGACCUAUCAGGAAACGAGAUCCCCCUCCACUUCCUGUUCCGUCUCCAAGGUUACGUGGUCCAUGUGGUGGUCCUGUACGAGCGCAGCGGGAACUACCUGUGGCAUGGCGUCCUGCGACUCAAACCAAACAUGGACAGGAAGUUCGCCCCCUUCAGAAGGCUGGACUAUGGCCACAACGCUGGAGCCUAUGACAGGCCAGAGCUGGUACUGACCACGUUGGACGGGCUGGAUGUCCGGAUCCCCAGGAACAUCUCUGGAUUCCUGACUGAAUAUUCCCAGGCUCGUUUUCUGGAGUGUAGAUACAGGGAUGCACGCUCCUUCUUCCAGUCCACGACAUCUAACCAGGGUUGUUCCCUGUUGGAUCAGCUGUACCCUGAUGACACGUCUCCUGAGGCAAUGAACUUCAGAAUGAAGGCUAAGGCUCUGCUCCACCUAGCUGCCAGGAUCCUCACUGAGCUCCGAGUCCCCUUCUGGCUGAGUAGUGGUACCUGCCUGGGUUGGUUUCGACAGUGUGGUAUCAUUCCCUACAGUAAAGAUGUGGACCUGGGCAUCUGGAUUAAAGACUACAGACAUGAUAUCUCUCAAGCUUUUCAAAAGGCUGGCCUUCCGUUGAAACACAAGUUUGGAAAGGUGGAGGAUAGCCUGGAACUGUCCUUCCAGGGCCUGGAUGUUAAACUGGACAUUUUCUUCUUCUAUGAGGAAACUGACGUUGUGUGGAACGGAGGAACCCAGGCUAAGAGUGGGAAGAAAUUCAAGUAUGUGUUCCCCAAGUUUACUCUCUGCUGGACUGAGCUGAUGGACCUGAAGGUGCGUGUCCCCUGUGAGACGGUAGACUAUGUAUCAGCUAACUAUGGUCCUACCUGGAACACACCUGUAAAGACCUGGGACUGGAAGAGCUCUCCGCCCAACGUGCAGGACAACGGGGUGUGGCCUGUCAGGGAGUGGGAUGAGGUCAUCCAGGUGUACUGACAUACUGCUACACUACAUAUGAGUACACUUAAACCACACGGAAGGAAAUGGACUGAAACAGGGAGGGACUGUCGAUUGGGACUGUCGAUUGGGACUGUCGAUUGGGACUGUCGAUUGGGACUGUCGAUAGGGACUGUCGAUCGGGACUGUCGAUCGGGACUGUCGAUCGGGACCGUCGAUCGGGACUGUCGAUCGGGACCGUCGAUCCUGUUUUUGUACAUUUUGCUACGGCGUGCACUAUGCGACCCUGAGUACACUCUUCCGAAGUACACUACACCUGAAAACCCCACACCAAAGUAGCAACUCUAAAGACUACUACUAAGGGUGUGAGUCUGAGCUGCUGGCUUACCAUUGGCUGCUGGCUUACCAUUGGCUGCUGGCUUACCAUUGGCUGCUGGCUUACCAUUGGUUGGUGGCUUACCAUUGGCUGGUGGCUUACCAUUGGCUGGUUGGUUGUGAACUGCAGACCACCAAUACUGGACUCUCGUCCUCCUUUGGACUGAAGCAACUGUCGAUUGAUAUGUAAUAUGUGUUCCUUGUUUGAAAUACUGUAUUACGUUGACAAAAAGAUGCCAUAGACAUUUUAAUAGCUACUGACAUUACUUACUACUGACAUGUUGGGUAGGCCCAGGGUAAGGCCAUAUUACGGCCAUGCUUACUUGAUAUCGUGUUAUUAUGGCCUUGGUUACUUGAUAUCGUGUUAUUAUGGCCUUGGUUACUUGAUAUCGGGUUAUUACGGCCUUGGUUGCUUGAUAUUGGGUUAUUACGGCCUUGGUUACUUGAUAUCGGAUUAUUACGGCCUUGGUUACUUGAUAUCGGAUUAUUACGGCCUUGGUUACUUGAUAUCGGGUUAUUACGGCCUUGGUUGCUUGAUAUCGGGUUAUUACGGCCUUGGUUGCUUGAUAUCGGGUUAUUAUGGCCUUGGUUACUUGAUAUUGGGUUAUUAUGGCCUUGGUUACUUGAUAUCGGGUUAUUACGGCCUUGGUUACUUGAUAUCGGGUUAUUACGGCCUUGGUUACUUGAUAUCGGGUUAUUACGGCCUUGGUUACUUGAUAUUGGGUUAUUACGACCUUGGUUACUUGAUAUCGUGUUAUUACGGCCUUGGUUACUUGAUAUCGGGUUAUUAUGGCCGUGGUUACGGAGUAUUACGGCCUUGGUUACUUGAUAUUGGGUUAUUAUGGCCUUGGUUACUUGAUAUCGGGUCAUUGUGGCCUUGGUUACUUGAUAUCAGGUUAUUACGGCCUUGGUUACUUGAUAUUGGGUUAUUACGGCCUUGGUUACUUGAUAUCGGGUUAUUAUGGCCUUGGUUACUUGAUAUCGUGUUAUUAUGGCCUUGGUUACUUGAUAUCGGGUUAUUACGGCCUUGGUUACUUGAUAUCGGGUUAUUACGGCCUUGGUUACUUGAUAUCGGCUUAUUACGGCCUUGGUUACUUGAUAUUGGGUUAUUACGACCUUGGUUACUUGAUAUCGUGUUAUUACGGACUUGGUUACUUGAUAUCGGGUUAUUAUGGCCGUGGUUACGGAGUAUUACGGCCUUGGUUACUUGAUAUUGGGUCAUUGUGGCCUUGGUCACUUGAUAUCGGGUUAUUACGGCCUUUGUUACUUGGUGGCAGGGUAGCCUAGUGGUUAGAGCGUUGGACUAGUAACAGGAAGAUUGCAAGUUCAAACCCCCGAGCUGACAAGGUACAAAUCUGUCAUUCUGCCCCUGAACAGGCAGUUAACCCACUGUUCCUAGGCCGUCAUUGAAAAUAAGAAUUUGUUCUUAACUGACUUUCCUAGUUAAAUAAAGGUUAAAUAAAUA